AUGGCUCCACCACAAAAGAGAAAAUACGAAGAACUCAAGAUCAGAGGCCCGCCUCUUUACAGUCAAGGAAACUUUGCCGAUGAACAAGAUACCCUUUCCAAACGCGGCAAGUCCAUUGCACCAAGAUGUCCAUCGAUAGACCCAACGCAGACGGCACUUCUGAUCGUCGAUGUUCAACCUGAAUAUUGGUCGGAAUGUCCUGCAGUACGAAAGGAUUUCCCUCACUUUCCAGCCAAAAUGUCUUCCUUGAUUGAGAAUUGUAGAAGCCAAGGAAUGAAAUGCAUAUGGGUUCGAGCAGAUUAUUCCUAUGACCGUUCGCCAUGGUUGCAACAGUUCACACGACUUCAUCAAGGUAGAAUUCCACCUGUCGUCAGGCCAUCGUCAAAAUGGGAAGGCUUUGCCACACCCGAGAAGGACGAACUGGUAGUGACCAAGACAUCCUGGAGCUCAACGACCGAUACUUGCCUGCUAGACAUUCUCCGCAACGCUGGUAUUGACACGGUCCUUGUUUCAGGUCUCAUCACAUCUGUAUGUGUUCAACACUCUGCCUUUGGAGUAUUCGAGGCUGGAUAUAGAACGAUCCUCGUCACGGACGCAUGUGCCGACCGAGGUAAAGAGAGACACGAAGCAGCAUUGGCCCUUUAUGGAGAUUACAUGUACGAGCUUCGGACAGUCAGAUCUGUGCAACGAGAACUUGUGACAGCCGUGGACAAGACGCCCGAAAAGAUUGUCAAAUCCGACUCGUUUGCCUCACUGACAUCCUCCAUGAUGACAAGCCAUACUAGUUUGUCGUCAUUGGAUCAAGAGGAGAUUGAAGAAGAACAAGUGGAAGGAGGGCCAGUCAAUGUGGAAGUUUCUGCAUCAAGUUGA